AUGUACGUACGUACAUACAUACAUACAUACAUACAGCCACCAUCACUAUCGUCAUUCUAUGACCAGACCCAUCUGUUAAUUGAUGAACCACUUGAAGGUGAAAUUAACGUUCCAUUAUCGCCCACAUCUUCCGGCAGAGGCCGCCAUGACAGAUUAAACAACAUAGAAACAACAGCAGAUGUCGAAAAUGGAAAUAUUAAUUUAGAUGAUUUUAAUACUUUGGAUGAGCCUGUUAGAGCCACCAUUACACGUGAUCUGAAAGCAGUUGGGAAGAAAUUCAUGCACGUUUUAUAUCCAAGAGAGAGUAGAUCACUACUGAAAGAUUGGGACCUUUGGGGACCAUUGAUGUUAUGUAUAUGUCUUGCUGUAAUCUUACACGAGGACACAACAUCAGCAACUUCAUUAUCGUUCGACUCGUCGGGACCGCAGUUUGCAGAGGUCUUCAUCGUCUAUUGGAUCGGCGCCGCCAUCGUUACGCUGAACAUCAAACUGCUCGGUGGCUCUAUAUCGAUAUUCCAAGGAGUCUGUGUUCUGGGGUACUGUGUUCUACCUUUGGCCGUAGCUGCGCUGGCGUGUAGUCUUUUGCUAGUGGCCGGCGAUAAUACAUUCAUUUUUGUCGUCAGAUGUAUUUUUGUUUUUGCUUCUUUGGUCUGGUCUGUUUUUGCUUCCACGGCGUUUUUAGCGAAUUGCCAGCCCCCAAGACGAAAGCUGCUGGCCGUUUAUCCAAUUUUUUUGUUCUAUUUUUUUCUCAGCUGGAUUGUAUUGCUUAAUAAAUAA